AUGGGAGAUGUACCUCCAGGGACGGUCGAUACAUCUCCAAGGGUUGCAGAUACGACAGCCCCUGUAUCCAACCCGCCAAAUGCGUCAACGAGGCCAACUCACGCGCCUGGUUCAACCAGUGCCAGUCAACCCUCCCGGCCGGCCAAUGUCGGCCGUCACUCCAGUCCCAAGGGAGGGAGGGGACAUGGACAAUACGGACACUCGCCGACACCUUUGAACAUGAACCAUAUGGGCUACACCCUACCAAGCCCUCCGUCGCAGGCAUCACCAUUCGAACAGCAACAUUCGCCACACCAUUACAUCCCCUCGAUCCACCCCCGAGGCGCCAUAUACCCCAUGCAGCCGAUGGGGCCCUAUCCUGGGCCGAAUACCGGUGGUAGUGUACCGUAUGCCGUUCCUUAUGCGCCAUCGUACCCGCCAUACGGCGUUCCUCAGCACCCAGGCUCGCCUAUUCAGCAUGGUAGUGCAAACUAUCAACCCUAUGGGCCAGUACAGCCUGGCCCUGGUCCGGGGCCGAUGCCCGUUUAUGGUUCUGGAUAUUACCCACAAACGCCAUACACAGCGCCGUUCGGACAGGGGGGUCAUGUUGCCGGUGUUCCCAUGCAGUCGCAGUCUGGGCUUCCACCUUACCAAGUUGGCCCAAGCAGUUCUCCAGUGACUGACCCGACUGUACGAAAGGACGCUGGGAAAACACCUGCGGACUUGGAGUACGAUGUCGCCAAAACAAUUGUCGACGGCUCGAACCCUAAGAAGUCGGUGCAGGCUCAAUCUCAUCUUACAGCAGGGAUUCUCUCCUCUCCUACCUCGACACCUAACCGUCCCGGCACCCCCCGAGGACCACCCCGCAAACCCAAACAGUCCGGUCAUGCCCUUUGGGUGGGCAAUCUCCCGACGGGCACCAGCGUGAUCGACCUCAAGGACCACUUCGCGCAGGAUGCUACCGAAGACAUUGAGAGCGUGUUCCUGAUCUCCAAGAGCAACUGCGCGUUUGUAAACUACAAAUCUGCGACUGCCUGUGCUAUGGCGUUACAGCGAUUCCACGACUCCCGGUUUCAGGGCGUUCGCCUUGUCUGUCGGUUGCGCAAGGGUUUCACUGUUCCUGGUUCCGCUGCCCCAGUGCAUGCAGACGAUGUUCUGACGACGACUUUGCCCGGCCCUGAAAAUCGGGGCGCGUCCGAAGCUGUUUCCACAGGGCCGCAGGACCCACCGACCCGCAUGCCCGAGCGAUACUUUGUUGUCAAGAGUCUAACGGUGGAAGACCUCGAAAUGAGCAAGCAGAGUGGUAUCUGGGCCACGCAGAACCAUAACGAGGCGAGCUUGAACCGGGCCUACGAGACCAGCGACAACGUCUACCUGAUCUUCUCCGCCAACAAGUCCGGCGAGUAUUUCGGAUAUGCGCGGAUGAUGUCGCCCAUCAACGACGACGAAGCGUCAGCAUUGGAGGUGCCCACCCGCCCAGAACCACUACCCAGCAGCGCACCCGACGAGAUGGACGUGACCCUGACGGCCGCGACAGCCACGGCGCCCAAGGGUCGAAUCAUCGACGACUCGGCGCGGGGCACGAUCUUCUGGGAGGUCGAGUCGUCGGGCGAUGAGCUAGAUACGCGCAGUGAGCCCAGCGUGGUGGCCGAGGCCGAGGAGGAGGGCCAGUCGUUUGGCAAGCCCUUCCGUAUCCAGUGGCUAUCGACGGAACGGGUGCCGUUCCAUCGUACGCGCGGGCUGCGCAAUCCCUGGAACGCCAACCGGGAGGUGAAGAUCGCGCGCGACGGGACCGAGAUCGAACCGGCGAUCGGCCGUAAGCUGGCGCAGCUGUUCCACCUGCCGCCGAGGCCAUAA